AUGCUGCGUUUAUACGGUCGGCCGGGGAAACUCUGGGUAGUUUGCUUCCAAUCAGCUGGCCGCUACAUGGUUUCUUUCGUCCUCGUCAUAAUCACUCAGUUCGCACUCGCUCUGGUCCCUCGUUUGCUCCCGGCAUCCUCCCUUUUCCUCCAGCUAUUGCUCUCAGUCGUAGUUCUGCUGUUGGUUGUCGGUUUCGGGAGAUGUUGUAGGCGGCUUCUCCGCGUCUCCGCGUCGGCUCCUGCUCUAGUUCUCUUCAAUACGCUCUUCGUUUGGGGAGUUUACUUUGUUGAUGUUCGACCUGCUGUUCCACGUCUUGUUGAUGUUACUUUCAACGGAGAGAUUGCUCUGCUUUUCAUUGGUUUAUUUAGAAUUCUGUCAAGCGAUCCUGGUUUCAUGAGUAAUGGGGUUCCUGGGACAGCUGCUGAGCUUGUCGAAACUGGAGCUCUUGCGACUGAAGUUCAUGAUGAGAGUGAUGUACUGCCUCUACGGGUAAGAUACUGUAAAAGCUGCAAGUCAUAUGUUAAGGGUUUCGACCACCAUUGUCCUGCCUUUGGGAACUGUAUUGGAUACAAGAAUCAUGCCCUCUUCAUGGUUCUUCUUGCUGGAUUUCUUGCUACUGAAGGUUCAUAUGUAGUAUUCUCCUUUCAUGUUGCUAAAGGGUACUGGGUGUUACGCCAGUACAAGUUCCAGAGUGAUCUAGCGAGAAGUUUGGUUGUGAGUACAAUGCUCUUCUCUCUUCUGCAAGUGCUAUGGCAGGUGUUCUUUCUGACGUGGCACAUAUACUGCAUUUUUUUCAACAUUAGGACUGAUGAAUGGAUAAACUGGAAGAAGUACCCAGAAUUCUAUUUCACAACUCAGCCCGAACCAGGGGAAAGCACAACGGUUAUGCGGUUCAAGAAUCCGUACAAUAAAGGCAUUGUUCCAAAUCUGAGAGAGUUCUUAGGGAUGAAAACUUGA